AUGCCGAUCGAGGCGGCAGACAACGUACCGGCCGAGCUUCCCGGCCACGGCCGGACGGUGUGCGUCACCGGCGCCGGCGGUUUCAUCGCCUCGUGGCUCGUCAAGCGCCUCCUCCAGAAGGGUUACACCGUGCGAGGCACCGUUCGCAACCCAGUUGAUCCGAAGAAUGAUCACCUCAGAGCCUUCGAUGGCGCCGCCGACCGCCUCAUCCUCCUCCGCGCCGACCUUAUGGAGCCCGAAACCCUCGUCGAGGCGUUCACGGGCUGCGAGGGCAUCUUCCACGCCGCUUCCCCCGUCACCGACGACCCUGAGAAGAUGAUCGAGCCGGCGAUCCGAGGGACCAAGUACGUGAUCACGGCAGCCGCGGACAUGGGCAUCAAGCGUGUGGUGUUCACGUCCACCAUCGGCACGGUGUACAUGAACCCUCACAGGGACGCCAGCAAGCCCGUCGACGACACCUGCUGGAGCGACCUUGAAUACUGCAAAAAGACAGCGAACUGGUACUGCUACGCGAAGACGGUGGCCGAGCAGGACGCGCUGGAGACGGCCCGGCAGCGCGGCAUCGAGCUGAUCGUGGUGAACCCGGUGCUGGUGCUGGGCCCGCUGCUGCAACCUACGGUGAACGCGAGCACGGAGCACGUGAUGAAGUACCUGACGGGGUCGGCCAAGACGUACGUGAACGCGGCGCAGGCGUACGUGCACGUCAAGGACGUGGCCGAGGCGCACGUCCGCGUCUACGAGGCGCCCGGCGCGCACGGCCGCUACAUCUGCGCCGAGGGCACCACGCUCCACCGCGGCGACCUCUGCCGCGUCCUCGGCAAGCUAUUCCCUGAGUACCCCGUACCCACCAAGUGCAAGGACGAGGUGAACCCACCGGUGAAAGGGUACAAAUUCACCAACCAGAGGCUCAAGGAUCUGGGCAUGGAGUUCGUGCCGGUGCUGCAGAGUAUAUACGAGACGGUGAAGAGCCUCCAGGAGAAAGGGAUGCUGCCGGUGCUACCGCCAGGCGACGACAUCCCAGACAACCUGCAUGAGCAGCUCAUGAUGAAGCCCGCCCAGUUGCUACGAAAACACGUUCUAAUAGGAUUGGGAGUGUAG